CAGCCUGAGCCCGUCCCCUCCUCCUCCUCCUCCUCCUCAUGUACAUUAUUACAACAAGGGAGACCCAAUCAAGCACGUAUCUCAUCGAUUCACGCACACGCAAACACACACGCAGCUCCGCUAAACACGCACACAUUGGCUCGCGCACGCGCCGACACGCACACGCGUACAUACUGACUGACUGACUUGCCCUCAGCGGAUUUUUCAAAGCGCUCUCGGACAAAAUAACGCAGCCGCGCCAGGCAGGGCACCGUGUGGGCGACCAGUCCCGGCCGUCACCUCCUCCUCUUCUUCCUCCACCUCCUCUUCCUCCUCCUCUUCUUCUUCUUUUCUCCACCGCUGUCGGUCCUGAGAAUAACAAACUGAAAAAGCUGCAUGUGGCUUUUUUUCUUAACAGCGACAGGACUUGCCAGAGGCGAAUGGAUUUUUAUGAGAUGGUUUCAAGCACGUUUCAGCUGCUCUACCUCUUGGCUUUGAAUUGUGCGUGAUUACCGGGAGGGACAAAAAGCCUCAUGGACAGCGCACGGAGGAUCAGCCCGUAAAACUUUCCUGUUGCAGCCUCCGACGCCAAGUAAAGAGGAUCACACGGAGGCACUAGGCGCUUUUUUGCCCCCCUUCUGUUUUUUCCUACCGCGGAGCCCCCUUCUAUUCCCUGCUCCCACCGCGUCCAUCCAAGUCGGAGCGGGAGAGAGAGAAAGCGACCGACCGACAGAGACAGAGCAGCCGACCGGGGAAGUCACGCUGGUCCCCCCCCCCCCUUCCCCGGCCCCCCCUCCCGACCCCCUCUUUUAUGACCCCCCCACCUUCCACAUUUCGUGGCUCUUUUCUCCGCUGAUUUCUUUUUUUGUUUUCGAAAACUGCACACCAUCCUCUUUACACACCCGCCCCCGAUCUAUGUGGGAGCCCUGAGAGCGCACCCAGGGGGGAAAACUGUGUAUCAAAGCUUCGCGGAUCCCCCAGGCAGCCUCGGAUCACCGGGGCCAGAGAAGAACUCCCUGCCGGGCCCCCGAAGCCAACAUGCCGCGGAGGAAGCAGCAAGCGCCUCGGCGCGCCGCAGCAGCAUAUGUACCUGAAGAUGAGAAGGAAGCUGUCCUCUUGGAUGAGGACCUGGAUGGAGACGAUUCAGCCCAGGAAGGGGAGGAGCCCGCUGCUAAGUUCCUGUGUCAAGACAAAGACUUCCUUCUCAAAGACAGACCAGGAUCCACUGGUUUCCAUGAUUCCCCAAAUGCAGCAGACUUUUCUGGUCAGGAGCUGGACAGUGAAUCUCACCUGAGUGAAUCCAGUGACAGGAUGUCUGAUUUUGAAAGCUCCUCACUUAAAAAUGAGGAGGAUGUCCUCCUCUCUAAAGACCCUGCAAAUGCCCUCUCCCUGUCUUCCUCAUCCUCCAUGAUGACUGCUACCAACCCCGUUACACCAAUAAGUGUAGAUGAUGCUAUAUUAGCCACUACAGGGUCUGUGGCUGACAGCCUGGAGAAGAUGAAGGCUAUUUACACCUCCUUCUUGACCAACUCUUAUUGGUCCACUCUGAAUCUCAACCUGAGCCAGCCACCUGCAGAAAAACCUCCUCGAAGCCACAGUAGCAGCAGUAGCAGCAGUAGUAGCAGCAGCUGUGGAAGCGGAGGCUAUGACUGGCACCAGACUGCUAUGGCUAAAACUCUCCAGCAGGCCUCGCAGAACCACCACAAUCGAAUGGGACUGGUUCACCAUCCCACGGUGGCAGUAUCCACAGCAUCCACAGAACCCAACCUCUUCAGUACCGUCCAGCUGUAUCGUCAGAGCUCCAAGCUGUAUGGCUCCAUAUUUACCGGUGCCAGCAAGUUCCGCUGCAAGGACUGCAGUGCUGCCUACGACACACUUGUGGAACUAACAGUGCACAUGAAUGAGACAGGCCAUUAUCGUGAUGACAACCAUGAGACAGAUAGUGAGGGUGCUAAACGGUGGUCAAAACCCAGAAAACGGUCCUUGCUAGAGAUGGAAGGAAAAGAGGAUGCACAGAAAGUUCUGAAGUGUAUGUACUGUGGUCACUCCUUUGAAUCUCUCCAGGACCUAAGUGUUCACAUGAUCAAGACAAAACACUACCAGAAAGUGCCUCUGAAAGAGCCUGUUACACCAGUGGCAGCUAAGAUUAUCUCCUCUGCUCGAAAAAGAGCUCCUAUUGACCUUGAAAUCCCCAGCUCACCAGAUUCCAAUGGGGGCACCACACCGAAGCCCACCUCUCUAAAUGAUUCUAAUGAUAUACUCCAGAAAGCCACCAACCCUUACAUCACACCCAACAACCGAUAUGGACACCAGAAUGGGGCCAGCUAUGCCUGGCAGUUUGAAUCCAGGAAGUCACAGAUCCUUAAAUGCAUGGAGUGUGGCAGCUCUCAUGACACGCUGCAGGAGCUGACAGCUCAUAUGAUGGUCACUGGACACUUUAUUAAAGUCACAAAUUCUGCUAUUAAGAAAGGCAAACCAAUUAUCGAGUCCCCCACCCCAGUUCCAACAUCCAAUUCAACAGCUGAAGAAAAGGUGCAGUCUGUUCCUCUGGCUGCUACAACAUUCUCCCCUCCACCUGCCCCAGUGCCCCCACCGGCCAGCAUCUCCCCCACUGCCAUGGUUGUGGAGAUAAAAAAGGAGGAGAAGGAGGAGGAAUGCACUAAAGAGUCUAUUGUCAAUAAUGGUAACAUUGUAAAUAAAGAGAAGAAGGCAGGAUGUGAAGAUGAGGCUGAAGAGAAGUUUGAUAUUUCAUCAAAAUAUACUUAUCUGACAGAAGAGGAUCUGGAUGAAAGCCCUAAAGGGGGUCUUGACAUCCUCAAGUCCCUGGAGAACACAGUGACCUCAGCUAUCAACAAAGCUCAGAAUGGAGCUCCAAGCUGGGGUGGCUAUCCUAGUAUCCAUGCUGCCUACCAGCUCCCAAACAUCAUGAAGCUAUCUCUAGGCAAUUCUGGCAAGAGCUCUCCGCUUAAGUACAUGUUCCCCGGAGGAGAGAUCCUCUCUCCCACUGGUAAAAACCAGCCUCUCAUCUCCCCUCCCAGUCGCCAGACCUCCCCCCUGCCUAAGAACAACUUCCAUGCUAUGGAGGAACUAGUGAAAAAAGUGACAGAAAAAGUGGCUAAGGUUGAAGAGAAAAUGAGAGAGCCUGGUGGUGCUGUUAGAGCAUCUCCCCCGAGACGUACCACACCAUCACCAUGCAACAGCGAGGCAGGGGACUCAGCCAGAGGAGAGUCUCCCAAAGACAAUAGAACAGGAAACUGUAAAACUCCUGAGAGUACAAGUUGUGUGGAAAAAGGACUAGGAGAUGCAAAUGGUGCCAAUCACAGAGAAUCAAAUGGAGAUAUAAAGGAAUCUGUGGAAAACGGAGUGGAGUCCACUGCUGUGACAUCCCCGCUGCCUGCCUCCCUGUGUGGCAGCACAGCCAUCAUCACAGACCAUCCACCUCCAGAGCAGCCCUUCGUCAACCCUCUUAGCGCACUGCAGUCAGUAAUGAACGUACAUCUGGGGAAGGCUGCCAAACCUGCCCUACCUUCCCUUGACCCCAUGAGUAUGCUGUUUAAGAUGAGUAACAGCUUGGCCGAGAAAGCAGCAGUGGCUGCCUCCACUCCACCAGCACCAACCAAAAAGCCCACCAAUGAUCAUCUAGACCGCUACUUCUACCAGCAACAUCUAAACAAUGACCAACCCAUAGAUCUCACCAAAGGCAAGACUGCUGACAAAAAUGGCACAAGUGGUUCUAUGGGUUCAACAGCUCUCUCUUCCACCACCUCCACCCCAUCCUCAAUUUCACCUUCCUCCACUAUCACUAUGACCAAAGCCUCAGCUGCAGUAGCUUCUUUUAUGUCCUCCUCCCCUUUGAGAGAGAAUGCCUUGUCAGAUAUCUCUGACAUGCUACGGAAUCUGACUGAGAGUCAAGCGGUUUCAAAGGCCUCCACACCGACCAGCCUGUCCGAACGCUCUGACAUCGAAGGUGCCACACAAGAGGAGACAGAAGAUGUUUCACCAGCCCAGAAACGCAAAGGCCGUCAGUCCAACUGGAACCCUCAACACCUCCUCAUCCUCCAAGCCCAGUUCGCUUCAAGCCUGAGACAAACAAGUGAUGGCAAGUAUAUGAUGUCGGACCUGAGCCCACAGGAGAGAAUGCACAUCUCGCGCUUCACUGGCCUAUCGAUGACUACAAUAUCCCAUUGGCUGGCUAAUGUGAAGUACCAGCUAAGGAGAACCGGUGGCACCAAGUUCUUGAAGAACUUGGAUUCGGGCCAUCCAGUGUUCUUCUGCAGUGACUGUGCCUCACAGAUUCGCUCCCCAUCCACUUAUGUCAGUCACUUGGAAUCCCACUUGGGUUUCCGUCUGCGAGACCUAGCAAAGCUUUCUGGGGAGCAGCUGCUAAGUCAGAUUUCACAGCAUCCCCAUCAACAACGGCACACCAAAGGACUGUCUGAAAAACUGCUCUCAAAUAUUCACCCAUCCAGCCACCCUCUUCCUUCCUCUCUACCCACAGCACUACCCCCAUCCUUACCCAUUACUCUUCCCUCUUCCCUUACCACUUCUCUGCCCUCAACUGAAUCCCCCUCCCCCUCCCCCGAUGAUGACGACAGUGGGGCCGUGUACCAGUGCAAGCUCUGCAAUCGGACUUUUGCAAGCAAGCAUGCGGUCAAGCUUCACCUGAGCAAGACUCAUGGGAAGUCCCCUGAGGAUCAUCUCAUGUAUGUGUGUGAGCUAGAGAAACAGUAGCGUUUGCUGGGGACAGUGCUGCACUCUUUCGUAACGUCUCACUCUUUCUUGCUCUGUUACUCUUUAGCCUUUCACAGACUUUAAUUGCAAAGGAGAAAAAAAAGGACCAUUAAUGUGAUGGAACUGCACAAGGAUGCCAUAUAACUACUGCUUUGAGUUUUGGCACAUUGUUUUACAUUUUGUGUUGUAGCAGUUGUUUGUUCUUUUUUAUUUUGUUUUCUGGGAGGUAGACUCACUCUGGCCCAAGACAUUCAAUUUUAUUGCGCUCUCAUUUGACAGAGAUAGACUGAUUUUUUUUUUCAAUAUGUGCAGAUGGGGGCUGUCGUCACUGAAAUGAUACUGUAUAUGAAGGUUUAAAAAAAGAGAUUCUAAAAUGAAGUGGUGUGUAUUUUGAAAACUUGUGUAAAUGGAAUUAAGUUCCUUUAUAUUUUGGCAUCACUGGGGUGUGAUAAGCUGCAUGCAUAAAUAAAACAGUUUAGUUAAACAUUUUAUAACUAAAUCUGGUGCACUUUCCAUGAUUUACUUUUUACUUAUUUCUAUUUGCCCGCUCGUUCUACUUUUUUUUUUUUUCUAUAACAUUUUUGUGCUGGAGUCGGCAGUUUAUAUUUAACCCUCUGAGUACGUCAAAGCACUUCUAAGAUCCAAGAAGGAAAACACCAUCAACACAAAAUUCAAGAUUAGAAAUUUUUCAAGCUAUUGUGAGAGCCAGAUGGACAACAUGUGCAUUGUGUCUACUAUGUUUCCAGACAUUUGACGAGUCUAAUCCUUGACAUGAAAGCAUUUUUUUUUUUUUUUUUUUUUUUUAUUAAGAGAUUUUUGGUUCAUUGAAAGUUGUACGUUUUGGGCUUACAGUAAUCUUGGUCUGGAAAAUGCUCAAAGGACUUGACACAAGCAUUGUAGCUAUAUGGUAAAAGAUGAAAAAGAAAAAAAAAAAAGAAGUCUAAUGUCUUUUACUUUGGUUGAUCAGGGACCUUUACUAAUUCAGGUCUGUGUAAAAUAUGUACAUAAAAACAUAUUAACGAAUUCCUGUCUAAAUUAUGCAUCAUUUCUAUAUUUUUAAUUUAAAAGGAUUAUGACUAUCUGCUGGUGCACAGUAUAUGAAGACAUUAAUAAAAUUGUUUUGCACAAUAGUUUUCUAAAUGUGUUAUUUAAUCAAAUGAUAUGAAAAAUGGGAGACUAAAAGGAUGACAACAGGUGAAUCUUUUUAUUCCCACCUCGUGCUCAAAGGGUUAAAGACUCUUUUUACCAGACACUCCUCUACAUGUGCCGCUGUAUGAAAAGAUAUUAAAGGUUGUACAAAAAAAGAUGUUACUUUAUAAAGUUAUUUAUAAGCACUCUUGGUUGUUUCAUAUCGUUGAAUGCCUUUUCAAUUGGUCCUAUUUUUUUUUUUUUUUCUUUUUUUUUUUUGUUCUGUCUAAUUACUCUGCCAUGAAUCCACACUGCAGCUUUAUCUUUUUGGGAUAUGAAAGGUAACCAUGGUUACACUAACCUCUUGAGUGACAAGUUCUGCUACAUUUUUGGCAGUUAAUUUGCUGAAGUAACUGACAGCUGCCAGUGUAGAGAAAUAAAAAAAAAAAAAAAAAAUCCUUAUGUGUAAAAUAUCGGCAUGUAAACAGCACAGAUACUGUUAUGAAUUCUGUGCCGUUAGUCCUUUCAUUUCCUUCUUUCGUUUUCUGUUGUUGUUGUUCUUGACAAUGAACCCCCAUUAUAUGACUUCAUAUAACCUUGUUUUCUACUGCAGCAUUAAAAAAAGGAACCUGUUUUUUGCAAUAA